AUGGAUUCCAAUACUAUUGCUGCUUCUAUGGGUUCUGCCUUACAUGAUCUGGACUUUGUGCUGAACAAAUUGUUUCCUUCCAGUUACAAAAGUAGAAGAAUCCAAAGUCAAUUAAAUAAGCUCAAAAUUUUCCUUCUUAUUUCCCCAAGAAAUUUGGACAACCGGCAGCUGCAUGACUCAAGUCUGCCAUCUUUCUUCCAAAGGAUUGAAGAUACGGUUCACAAACUUGCAGAGAAAUUUCAUCAUCCUGAUGCUGAACCACAAACCACAUUAGAUGAAUCUGAGGCUCAUGAGAUACAAACUAACAUUGAAUCCUUGCUUGGUGAAAUAGAUGAAUGGUACUUCACUUUGAGGGAUUCAGUUCUGUUACAAUUAAUUGGUUCUGUUCUCAUCAUUGAUGACAUCUCCAAAAUCUUCACUUCCAUUUUGGAGCUUCUUCUUCCUGAGGAUCAGAUUUACACAGAAGGAAUAGAAGCUUUGGUUGAACAGGUCAGAUUCUUGCAAACUCUGAUCUGCUUUGUGGGCUACAAUCCCACACCACAACUGUUGGCUCACGCUAAAGAUGUUGCGAUCCGUACACAUCUUCAUUUUAUGUGUCCUAGAGCGCUUCACGGAACUCCUGAUGAAGAAACUCUUGAUGAUGAAGAAAGGCUUGAUGAGUUGCUCUUAAAAUGGGUGCAAACCAUCAAGCCAAGAAAUGAUCCGCGGGUAUCUGAGAUUUACAUUCAAGCUCUAAUCACUUCCAAGUUGUCAAGACUGUCACUUGUUUCCGCGGAUCAACACAUUGAUGAUGGUGGCUUCAUUGCCUCCAAGAAUUUCCUGGAUUGCCUCAUUGAUCAUCUUUGGGAACUCCUACAAGCUAAUAAUGUUACUGAAGCUUUGCUUUCUGUGAAGGAUCAUAUGCAGGCGCUUUAUCCAAACCUUAGAUCUUUGCGGACUGUUCUCAAGCAGAAUCAGCAGCUGCUGCCUGACAACAUUAAGUCAGACAUUGCAUUUUUGUUAUAUGAUGCCGGUGUCUUAAUUUAUUCAUUGUACCAAACAGAUACAGAAGUUGAUCUUGGAUAUUUUCAUGAUGUUUUGAAAACAUUCAAGACUGUUCUGUUACAACUUGGAGAUAAGGAUACACCUGUACCAGAAUUCAACUUCCCUAAGACUAAUCAGCUGGGUUUUUUUGAUUUCGUGUUGGAAAAACUGGUGGACCUGAGAAGUCGUGAAGCUGUACCAGUUACCAACAAUAAGCAAGUUCAAACCGUCCAUGAAGAACUUGUCUCCUUAAGAUCUUUCUUAGGAGACAUUCUUGAGUUUCACCAAGAAGAUGAGGAACUUCAAGCUCUGCGGAACUGUGUUUUGGAGGUGGCGUACAAGGUGGAGCGUCUCAUCGACCAUUUACUUGUUGGUGAGCUACCGGUUUCUUCUCCAACUUCAGUUGAUGCCAUCAUGAAUGACAUCAGGGCUAUUAAGCCCAAAAUCGAAGUUAAGAGAACAGAAAUUGGAGGACAAAGACAACAAAACAGAUCGAAAGAAGCAACCAUUAAGUCCAUUACUUACAAUCACCUGCCAUCACAAACCAUAUAUAAUGAGGUUGUAGGUUUCGUUGAUGAUGUAGAUCUAAUCAAGGAUCGGCUGAAGAGAGGAUCAAAGCAGCUGAAAGUCAUCGCCAUUGUGGGUAUGCCGGGACUAGGUAAGACCACUUUAGCCUCAAAAGUCUACAAUGAUAAUUCUAUUUCACUUCAUUUUCAAGUCCGCGCCUGGUGUCCGGUCUCACAAACACUGGACAAAAAGAAUGUGUUGGUUCAACUUUUGAAACAGGCAGAUCCCAACUGCGGAUUCUCUGAGCUCAACGAGCAAGAUUUAGUUGAAAGGCUGUGGCGCAGGUUGAAAGGGAAAAGAUACCUCAUAUUAUUGGAUGAUAUAUGGGACGCUGAAGCAUGGAAUAGCUUGGCACCAGCAUUCCCUGAUGACAACUAUGGAAGUAGAAUUCUUUUGACGAGUCGUCGUCAGGGAGUUGCUCCUGGUCACGUGCUCGACCAAGAGCCUCAUUUUCUUCAGCUGCUCAAUGAAAACGAGAGUUUGGAGUUAUUCCAGCAGAAGUUACUCCCAGAAAAGGAUGGUUCUUUGGAUCCUGCAUUUCAUAAUUUGGUGAUGCAAUUUGUGGCAUACUGUAAAGGGUUACCACUGACCAUCAUCCUCAUAGCUGGAACUUUGGCUACUACUAAACCAGAAGAUUGGGUGAAAAUUUGGGAAGAUUUAAGUUCAGGUGGCGCAUCCGUUAUAGAACACUGCAUGGACUCAUUGGAACUCAGCUACAAGCGUUUACCGGAUGAGUUAAAGCCAUGCCUGCUCUAUCUCGGAGCAUUUCGAGAAGAUGUAGAGAUUCCAGCAGACAGGCUGCUUUACUUAUGGACUGCAGAAGGAUUUGUUAGGGAAACUGAGGGAAAGCGCAAAUCCAAAGAUGAACAAUUUCUCCAUCUGGUAAAAGGAUAUGAUGAGCUUUUGGCAUUUAACGAGCCGCGCAGCCUGCGGAGGUUAUGCAUCCACUCUGAGGGUAAGCAUUUCGUACAAUCCAAGUUGUUUUGUCCUGGUGCCCGUUCUCUACUUCUUCAAGAUCCUCACAGGUCAGACCAGGCAUUAGGAACUGCCUCAUUUUCGAUUCGCAUCUUUAAACUCCUAAGAGUGUUGGAUCUAGAGGACAUCCGGAUGAGGAGUGAGUUUCCAAGUGAAAUAAGUUUGCUUGUUCAGUUGGUAUUCCUGGCAGUUCGAGGUGAUUUCAGAUGCAUCCCGUCAUCCAUAGCUAAGCUCUCAUACUUGGAAACUCUUAUUGUGGAUCCAAAUGAAAACUGGAUUUCAUUGCCAGAUAGUCUGUGGAAUCUACAGAAGUUGAAGUAUUUUUGCGUAAGUAGCGGCGUUGGUAUCGUGCCAACAGAAAAUCUUGACAACUCAACAAGUUUAUAUGAGUUGAAUGUGUUUUCUGGUGCAUUUAUUCCAAACGAUUGCAGCUUGGAAAGGUUAAUGACAAAAUUUCCGAACAUCUGUAAGUUGAAAUGCUUCAUAGGCUGUGAUGGAGUAGUUCCCAACUUCUUGACACAACUUGAAUCAGUUGCUUUUUAUGAUUCAGUUGAUCUGUCAUGGGGUCUUAAUCCCACAGUUCCUUUUAAGUUCAGUUUCCCUGAAAACUUGAAAAAAUUGAAGUUGGGAGGCUUUGAGUUGUCUUGGGAGAAUCUGUCAACUAUAGGUAAACUCCAAAACCUCCAAGUCUUCACAUUAUCCAAUACGGAAUUGGAAGGCGAAAAAUGGGAAAUGAAAGACGGAGAAUUCUCGCAACUUAGAGUUUUGAAGUUGUUCCAUGUGAUGAAGCUUGUCAGGUGGACAGCCUGUGAUGAUCAAUUGGAAUGUCUUCAGAAGUUGGAGCUGAGAUGGUGUGAAAAUUUGGAAGAGAUGCCUUGUAACUGUCUGGAGAACAUUCAGACACUUGAAACAAUUGUGGCUUAUUAUUGUUCUGAGACUACAAGAAAACUGGUGGAACAGAUUGAAGAACAACAGGUGGAGCAGUGGGGUAAUUUAAAUCUCAAGAUCAAAAUUGAUUGAACCAUACAACUUGUUGGAUUUGGCACUGUUUAUGUAUGUUUUAAUUAAUGAGUGCAUUUCUUCUUCCAUUCGGUGUUUCACUAUUUCUUUUUCGGUGUUUCACAGUUUUGAACGAGAAUGAUUAUGAUGAACAUAAGUACAAUUACUCCUAUACUGAAUGAAUCCAGCAUGCUGUUGUAUAUAUAGCAUCCAUGUGUCAGCAUGGUUUUGCUCGACGGAGACCUGAAAGUGUGAAGCAGUAGUACUUGAUCAUAUAGAAGUUGUAAGAACAUAGAUUGCGAAGACCUUUCUUACUCGAAAUCAUUUUUGCCCUUAGCUUCACAUUGUUAAUGUGCUGACUUUCAACCAUUUGUAACUCAUGGAUCAUCCUUUUCGACUUCAUAAACAUCAAUGCUUGGGGUUCAAGCCUCAAAAAUUCCUCAAUCAGAAUCAAUG